AAAAUAUAUCAACAGAUUUAAUUACUGAGAUGCUCUGUGUAUGCUUGUUAAUAUGUAAGACUUAAAAUAUGACAACUGCAUAUUCAUGUGUUUACACAGUUUCUUUACACACAUUAUUUUUGAAAUUACCAGACAUAAUUAACACUCAAAAUGAAUAACACAUGGUCACAAUUACCACAUUCAUCUCACCUACUACAAAGUUUAGCAUUUCCUGAGUAUACCUGUUACUUUAUUUUAUAUAAUUAUUCCUUAUUAAUAUUAAUAUGAAAAACUAGUGGGAUAAAUAUUACAUGAAACAUUUAAAACCAAUAAAAAUGCAUUUAUAUUUAUGAUUAUUCAUUUCAACUAUCGUUAUUUUUGGUGAGUGUUUUUUGUUGUUGUUGUUGUUGUUUUUUUGCCUGCAAGUUUGCAAGACAAUAUGCGUGAGAAAAUUAUCUGCCCUGAUUAACUGAUGACGGAGGAGGAGGCGUUCUGUGGCAUGUGGGAAAUCUCCCUGGGUUUGAGGACAGAUACGUCAGGUUGCUUCUUGCACUCUGGAUCACGAAGCUGCAAGAGCGUGUUGGUGGCUCAUAGGCACAAAGAGAUCUGCACGUCAUAGGCUCAGAGAGUGCAAACCUCACCCAGGACACGGCAGUUACAGAGGACCAUGGCAUUUGCAGGGAUGCUGACCGAUGAGGACAUCAAGGCUGCGGUCCAGGCUUGUCAAGCUCCAGGCACAUUCGACUUCAAGUUGUUCUUUGCACAAGUGGGACUGACCGGCUCAUCUGAGGCAGAUGGAAAAAAAGUGUUCACAGUUCUGGACCAAGACAGGAGUGGAUAUAUUGAGGAGGAGGAGCUCAAACUGUUCCUUCAGAAUUUCUCUCCGGGGGCAAGGGAGCUGACUGUGGCUGAGACCAAGAGUCUGAUGGCUGCAGGAGAUAGGGAUGGCGAUGGCAAGAUUGGGAUGGAAGAAUGCUGAAUCCACUGUCCCCCCCCUCCCUCCCUUCACAGAGUUCUGUGAUCUCCUGAAGUAAAGCGAUUCGACCCACACGACUGCAGCUGUCUUUCCCCGCUUCUCACAAUGGAUUUCUUAUGGAACUCCUGACUUUCCAGAUUGUUUGAUGCAAAGACCGGAAACCUCAGAUAUUCUGUACCUGCCCGCUGCUCUCCUUGUUGAUGUGAUACAGCAAGAUGUUUGGUCGACAGAUGAUUAAAGCUGGAUAUUAGUUGUGUGUGUAUUUAAUCAAUC